AUGCAGUCUGAAGAUAUUCAUGAAGCAUUAUCUCCAAUUUCAUGGCUCGCCGGUCGCUGGAAAACGGAAGCCGGCGAAGGACACUUUCCAAACUUGCAUGAUUUUAAAUAUCAUGAAGAAUUGGAGUUCAUUUGUAUCGGUCAGUCGAUGUUCAACUACAUAUCAACCUCACGUCAUCCUGAAAAACAAACUCCGAUGCAUCAAGAGAGAGGUUUCUUAAAGAUCAAGCCUGGAACAAAUGAGCUUGCAUUCAUGGUCAGUCAUAACUUCGGUCUAACAUCGCUCGAAGAAGGUCAAUACAGUGUUGAAAAUAAAGAAAUCAAAUUGACAACAACGAACUUAUCGAGAUGUUCUUUCUCUAAGCCUCCUCAUGUUAAGAGAUUGGAAAGAAAAUUCAAAUUAUUGGAACCAGAGGUUUUGGAAGUGAUUUUAUAUAUGGAGACUGAUACUACACCAUUGAGCGAGCAUCUUAGAGCGGUUUAUAAGAAACUAUAG